AUGUCUUAUCCCGUUCAUUUUUUCAACAACCUUCAUAUCAUUCGCCUUGGCUUAUUUCUUAAACCAAUGACCCCUGAAGCAUCAUCAUCUUCAACUUUUGCUGGAGAGGCCCUGCUUGGAUGCUGUGGUUUUCGACCAUUAGGCACAUGUGGGGGUGUAGUUGUGGAUGGCUGCAUUGAUUGGUCAGUGGAUCUUAAGACAUACAUGGCUUUGGCGGGUGAACCAGUUCGAGUGAAAUGUGCCCUUUUCUACAGUUAUAUUCGCACCAACUAUAGCAUGGCCCAGAGUACUGGACUCAGGCUUAUGUGGUACAAAAACAAAGGUGAUUUGGAAGAGCCCAUCAUCUUUUCAGAGGUCAGGAUGAGCAAAGAGGAAGACUCAAUAUGGUUUCACUCAGCUGAGGCACAAGACAGUGGAUUCUACACUUGUGUUUUAAGAAACUCGACAUAUUGCAUGAAGGUGUCAAUGUCCUUGACUGUUGCAGAGAAUGAAUCAGGCCUGUGCUACAACAGCAGGAUUCGCUAUUUAGAAAAAUCUGAAGUCACUAAAAGAAAGGAGAUCUCCUGCCCAGACAUGGAUGAUUUUAAGAAGUCUGAUCAGGAGCCUGAUGUUGUGUGGUACAAGGAAUGCAAACCAAAGAUGUGGAGAAGCAUAAUAAUACAGAAAGGAAAUGCUCUUCUAAUUCAGGAAGUUCAAGAAGAAGAUGGAGGAAAUUACACGUGUGAACUUAAGUAUGAAGGAAAACUUGUAAGACGAACAACUGAAUUGAAAGUCACAGGGACUGUCAUGGAAAUACAGAUCAUGGUAACCAAGGAGAAUGUGUCCAGAGAGCAUGUGGUAAAGCAACCUUAA